UGCCCGCGCCGCCGCAGUUGCCUCGCCGCCGCAGAGCGCGCCCGGGCUGCUGUGCUUGCGGCGCCCGCCUUCUGCCUCCGCCGCCCGGCGCAGCCAGCCACGUGGACCGACUCGGCCGCACCGCUUCACGUGGAUUCCGGGGAGCUCGCCGCGCUUCCCGCGUCUCCGUGCUCGCCGCCAGGCUCUAGCUCCCUGCCCAUGGCGGCCCUGGUGUUGGAAGAUGGGUCGGUCCUGCGGGGCCAGCCCUUUGGGGCCGCUGUGUCGACUGCCGGGGAAGUGGUGUUUCAGACUGGCAUGGUCGGCUAUCCCGAGGCCCUCACCGACCCCUCCUAUAAAGCUCAGAUCUUGGUGCUGACAUACCCCCUGAUCGGCAACUAUGGCAUCCCUCAGGACGAGGUGGAUGAGUUCGGCCUCAGCAAGUGGUUUGAGUCCUCCGGGAUCCACGUAGCAGGACUGGUGGUGGGAGAGUGCUGCCCCACGCCCAGCCACUGGAGUGCUGCCUGCACCCUGCAUGAGUGGCUUCAGCAACACGGCAUUCCAGGCUUGCAAGGAGUGGACACUCGGGAGCUGACCAAGAAGUUACGAGAACAAGGGUCUCUGCUGGGGAAGCUGGUGCAGGAUGGGACGGAGCCUGCAACCCUGCCGUUUUUGGACCCCAAUGCCCGCCCCCUGGUCCCAGAGGUGUCCAUCAAGACCCCGCAGGUAUUCAAUGCUGGAGGAAGCCCUCGGAUUCUAGCUUUGGACUGUGGUCUCAAGUAUAAUCAGAUCCGCUGCCUCUGCCGGCGUGGGGCUGAGGUCACCGUGGUGCCCUGGGACACGGCAGUGGACAGACAGGAGUACGAUGGUCUCUUCCUAAGUAAUGGCCCAGGCGACCCUGCCUCCUACCCCAGCGUGGUGUCUACACUGGGCCGUGUGUUAUCUGAACCAAACCCACGACCUGUCUUCGGGAUCUGCCUGGGACACCAGCUCCUGGCCCUUGCCGUUGGGGCCAAGACUUACAAGAUGAGGUAUGGAAACCGAGGGCAUAACCAGCCCUGCUUGUUGGUGGACUCUGGGCGCUGCUUCCUGACCUCCCAGAACCAUGGCUUUGCCGUGGAGACAGACUCGCUGCCAGCAGGCUGGGCACCCCUCUUCACCAACGCCAACGAUCGGUCCAACGAAGGCAUUGUGCACGAGAGCCUUCCCUUCUUCAGCGUCCAGUUUCACCCAGAGCACAAGGCUGGCCCUUCUGACAUGGAACUACUCUUCGAUGUCUUCCUGGAAACUGUGAAAGAGUCCGUAGCUGGGAAGCCUGGGGGCCAGACAGUCCGUGAGCGGCUGGCUGAGUGUCUCUGUCCCCCUGGGACGCCCAUCCCAGGCUCUGGCCUUCCGCCUCCACGUAAGGUGCUAAUCCUGGGCUCAGGGGGCCUCUCCAUUGGCCAGGCAGGAGAGUUUGACUACUCGGGCUCCCAGGCGAUUAAGGCCCUGAAAGAGGAGAACAUCCAGACCUUGCUGAUCAACCCCAACAUCGCCACGGUGCAGACCUCACAGGGGCUGGCCGACAAGGUCUACUUCCUUCCCAUUACACCUCACUAUGUCACGCAGGUGAUCCGGAAUGAGCGGCCAGAUGGCGUGUUAUUGACCUUUGGUGGCCAGACAGCUCUGAACUGCGGUGUGGAGCUGACCAAGGCUGGGGUGCUGGCUCGGUAUGGAGUCCGGGUCCUGGGCACACCUGUGGAGACCAUUGAGCUAACUGAGGACCGCCGGGCCUUUGCAGCCAGAAUGGCGGAGAUUGGGGAGCAUGUGGCCCCCAGUGAGGCGGCAAGCUCCCUGGAACAGGCCCAGGCAGCUGCUGAGCGGCUGGGGUACCCUGUACUGGUUCGGGCAGCCUUUGCCCUGGGCGGCCUGGGCUCUGGCUUUGCUUCCAAUAAGGAGGAGCUCUCUGCUCUUGUGGCCCCGGCUUUUGCCCACACUAGCCAAGUGCUAGUGGACAAAUCCCUGAAGGGAUGGAAGGAGAUCGAGUAUGAAGUAGUGAGAGACGCCUAUGGCAACUGUGUCACGGUAUGUAACAUGGAGAACUUAGACCCACUGGGCAUCCACACUGGUGAGUCCAUCGUGGUGGCCCCGAGUCAGACCCUGAAUGACAGGGAGUACCAGCUGCUGCGGCAGACGGCAAUCAAGGUGACCCAAGCCCUGGGCAUCGUUGGGGAAUGCAACGUGCAGUAUGCCUUGAACCCAGAGUCUGAGCAGUAUUAUAUCAUCGAAGUGAAUGCCAGACUGUCUCGCAGCUCUGCCCUGGCCAGUAAGGCCACAGGCUACCCGUUGGCCUACGUCGCAGCCAAGCUGGCCUUAGGCAUUGCCCUGCCUGAGCUCAGGAACUCCGUGACAGGGGGCACGGCAGCCUUUGAGCCCAGCCUGGAUUACUGUGUGGUCAAGAUUCCCCGCUGGGACCUAAGCAAGUUCCUGCGUGUGAGCACCAAGAUUGGGAGCUGCAUGAAGAGUGUGGGUGAAGUCAUGGGCAUUGGACGUUCGUUUGAGGAGGCCUUCCAGAAAGCCCUGCGCAUGGUGGAUGAGAACUGCGUGGGCUUUGAUCACACCGUAAAGCCGGUCAGCGAUAUGGAGCUGGAGACGCCGACUGACAAGCGGAUCUUUGUGGUGGCAGCCGCCCUAUGGGCUGGCUACUCAGUAGAGCGCCUCUACCAGCUCACCCGCAUCGACCGCUGGUUCCUGCACCGGAUGAAGCGCAUCAUAACGCACGCCCAGCUGCUGGAGCAGCACCGCGGGCAACCUCUGCCUCCAGACCUGCUGCAUCAGGCCAAGUGCCUCGGCUUCUCCGACAAGCAGAUUGCCCUGGCAGUUCUGAGCACAGAGCUGGCUGUGCGCAAGCUGCGCCAGGAGCUGGGAAUCUGCCCAGCAGUGAAGCAGAUCGAUACAGUUGCAGCUGAGUGGCCAGCACAGACCAACUACCUGUACCUGACCUACUGGGGCAGUAGCCAUGACCUCACCUUCCAGACGCCUCAUGUUCUGGUCCUCGGCUCCGGCGUCUACCGCAUCGGCUCCAGUGUUGAGUUUGACUGGUGUGCCGUAGGCUGUAUCCAGCAGCUGCGGAAGAUGGGGUACAAGACCAUCAUGGUGAACUACAACCCAGAGACCGUCAGCACCGACUAUGACAUGUGCGACCGACUCUACUUCGAUGAGAUCUCCUUCGAGGUGGUGAUGGACAUCUAUGAACUGGAAAACCCCGAAGGUGUGAUCCUGUCCAUGGGUGGGCAGCUGCCCAACAACAUGGCCAUGGCUUUGCACCGGCAGCAGUGCCGGGUGCUGGGCACCUCCCCUGAAGCCAUCGAUUCUGCUGAGAACCGGUUCAAGUUCUCCCGGCUCCUGGAUACCAUCGGUAUCAGCCAGCCCCAGUGGCGGGAACUCAGUGACCUCGAGUCUGCUCACCAGUUCUGUCAGUCUGUGGGGUACCCCUGCGUAGUCCGCCCCUCCUAUGUCCUGAGUGGUGCUGCCAUGAAUGUGGCCUACACCGAUGGGGACCUGGAGCGCUUCCUGAGCAGUGCGGCAGCUGUCUCCAAGGAGCACCCCGUGGUCAUCUCCAAGUUCAUUCAGGAGGCUAAGGAGAUCGACGUGGAUGCUGUGGCCUGUGACGGGUUGGUGGUUGCCAUUGCCAUUUCUGAGCACGUGGAGAAUGCAGGUGUGCACUCCGGCGAUGCCACACUGGUGACACCCCCACAGGACAUCACACCCAAAACUCUUGAGCGGAUCCAGGCCAUUGUACAUGCUGUGGGGCAGGAGCUGCAGGUCACAGGCCCCUUCAACCUGCAGCUCAUUGCCAAGGACGACCAACUGAAGGUCAUUGAGUGCAACGUGCGCGUCUCCCGCUCCUUCCCCUUCGUCUCUAAGACACUGGGUGUGGAUCUGGUGGCCUUGGCCACGCGGGUCAUCAUGGGAGAAAAGGUGGAGCCUGUGGGGCUCAUGGCUGGCUCCGGAGUCGUGGGGGUAAAGGUACCUCAGUUCUCCUUCUCUCGUUUGGCGGGUGCAGACGUAGUAUUGGGUGUAGAAAUGACCAGUACCGGGGAGGUCGCCUGCUUCGGUGAGAGCCGUUGUGAAGCCUACCUCAAGGCCAUGCUAAGCACUGGCUUCAAGAUCCCCAAGAAGAACAUCUUGCUCACCAUCGGGAGCUACAAGAACAAAAGCGAGCUGCUGCCAACUGUGCGGCUGCUGGAAAGUCUGGGCUACAGCCUCUAUGCCAGCCUGGGCACUGCUGACUUCUACACAGAGCACGGUGUCAAGGUAACAGCUGUGGACUGGCACUUCGAGGAGGCUGUGGACGGGGAGUGCCCCCCACAGCGAAGCAUCCUGGAGCAGCUGGCUGAGAACCACUUUGAGCUGGUAAUCAACCUGUCCAUGCGCGGGGCUGGUGGCCGGCGCCUCUCUUCCUUCGUCACCAAGGGUUACCGCACCCGGCGCCUGGCUGCCGACUUCUCCGUGCCCCUCAUCAUCGACAUCAAAUGCACCAAGCUCUUCGUAGAGGCUCUGGGCCAGAUCGGGCCUGCCCCUCCUCUGAAGGUGCAUGUGGACUGUAUGACCUCCCAGAAACUUGUGCGCCUACCCGGGCUGAUCGACGUCCAUGUGCACCUGCGUGAGCCAGGGGGGACGCACAAGGAGGACUUUGCCUCUGGCACAGCAGCUGCCCUGGCCGGGGGCAUCACCAUGGUGUGCGCCAUGCCAAAUACCCGUCCCCCCAUCACUGAUGCCCCUGCCUUGGCGCUGGCCCAGAAGCUGGCCGAGGCUGGCGCCCGCUGUGACUACACACUUUUCCUUGGAGCCUCGUCUGAAAACGCAGGGACUCUGGGUGCCGUGGCCGGGUCGGCCGCAGGGCUGAAGCUCUACCUUAACGAGACUUUCUCUGAGCUGCGGCUGGACAGUGUGGCACAGUGGAUGGAGCACUUUGAGACAUGGCCUGCCCACCUCCCCAUUGUGGCCCAUGCUGAGCGGCAGAGUGUCGCUGCUGUCCUCAUGGUGGCUCAGCUGACCCAGCGCCCUGUACACAUCUGUCACGUGGCGCGCAAGGAGGAGAUCCUGCUCAUCAAAGCUGCAAAGGCACGAGGGCUGCCAGUGACCUGUGAGGUGGCACCUCACCACUUAUUCUUGAGCCACGAUGACCUGGAACGCCUGGGGCCUGGGAAGGGCGAGGUCCGGCCUGAGCUUGGCUCCCGCCAAGAUGUGGAGGCGCUCUGGGAGAACAUGGCCGUCAUUGACUGCUUUGCCUCUGACCACGCCCCCCACACCCUGGAGGAGAAGAAAGGGCCCAGCCCUCCACCUGGCUUCCCAGGGCUAGAGACCAUGCUGCCGCUGCUGCUGACAGCCGUAAGCGAGGGCCGGCUCAGCCUGGAUGACCUGCUGCAGCGGCUGCACCACAACCCUCGGAGGAUCUUUCACCUGCCUCCCCAGGAGGACACCUACGUGGAGGUGGAUCUGGAGCAUGAAUGGACAGUGCCCAGCCACAUGCCCUUCUCCAAAGCCCGCUGGACUCCCUUUGAAGGGCAGAAGGUGAAAGGCACCGUGCGCCGGGUGGUCCUGCGAGGGGAAGUGGCCUACAUUGAUGGGCAGGUGCUGGUGCCUCCUGGCUAUGGGCAGGAUGUCCGCAAGUGGCCACAAGGGGUUGUCCCCCAGCUCCAGCCUUCAGCCCCAGCUUCCAAUGAGAUAACCACGACACCGGAGCGGCCCCGGCGGGGCGUCCCAGGCCUUCCUGACAGCCGUUUCCACCUGCCUCCCCGGAUCCACAGAGCCUCUGAUCCGGGUCUGCCAGUCUCGUUCCUCCGCCCGGGACCCCGGAUCCCGCGGGGCAGCCGAACGUGGGCUGAGGAACCCAAGGAGAAGUCCUCUCGGAAAGCGACUGAGCCCGAGCUGAUGGGAACCCCCGAUGGCAGCUGCUACCCUCCACCACCAGUGCCUAGACAGGCAUCACCCCAGAACCUGGGGACCCCUGGCCUGCUGCAUCCACAGACCUCACCCCUGCUGCACUCGCUGGUGGGCCAGCAUAUCCUGUCCGUCAAGCAGUUCACCAAGGAUCAGAUGUCUCACCUGUUCAAUGUUGCGCACACCCUGAGGAUGAUGGUGCAGAAGGAGCGGAGCCUGGACAUCCUCAAGGGGAAGGUCAUGGCUUCCAUGUUCUAUGAGGUGAGCACGCGGACCAGCAGCUCCUUUGCAGCAGCCAUGGCCCGGCUAGGGGGCUCAGUGCUCAGCUUCUCUGAGGCCACGUCCUCCGUACAGAAGGGGGAGUCGCUGGCAGACUCAGUGCAGACCAUGAGCUGCUACGCUGACGUUGUGGUGCUUCGGCACCCCCAGCCUGGCGCCGUGGAGCUGGCGGCCAAGCACUGCCGGAGGCCAGUAAUCAACGCAGGGGAUGGGGUUGGUGAGCACCCCACACAGGCCCUACUGGACAUCUUCACCAUUCGGGAGGAGCUGGGCACCGUCAACGGCAUGACGAUCACCAUGGUGGGGGACCUGAAGCACGGACGCACGGUGCACUCGCUCGCUUGCCUGCUCACCCAGUACCGCGUCAGCCUGCGCUACGUGGCGCCUCCUAGCCUACGCAUGCCACCCAACGUGUGGGACUUCGUGGCCUCCCGUGGCACCAAGCAGGAGGAGUUUGAGAGCAUCGAGGAGGCACUGCCUGACACUGAUGUGCUCUACAUGACCCGGAUCCAGAAGGAGCGGUUCGGUUCCACCCAAGAGUAUGAAUCUUGCUUUGGUCAGUUCAUCAUCACUCCCCACAUCAUGACCCGAGCCAAGAAGAAGAUGGUGGUGAUGCACCCCAUGCCCCGAGUCAACGAGAUCAGCGUGGAGGUGGACUCAGAUCCCCGGGCUGCCUACUUCCGCCAGGCUGAGAACGGCAUGUACAUCCGCAUGGCUCUGUUGGCCACCGUGCUGGGCCGUUUCUAGGGCCUGGCAAGGAAUCCCAGUGCCCCCCACGGGGGCAGCGCACUUAAGAGAUGAUCUGGGGCGUUGGGAUAGCUCAUACGCAGAACAUGCUGCGGGCUCCAGACCGCCCCUCCCUCCAAUGGGGUACACCUCGGAUGCUGGGGACCCCACCUGCCCCACCUUCUUGGCCUGUACCUGUGCUAUGCACUUCCUUUUUCUACUGAUUUAGUAAUAAACAGCUGAGCUGCC